AUGUCACAGAAUAAUAUGACUGAAGAUGAGGCGCUCUCAGCGCUUAUGUCUUAUGUCUUCUCCGGAGGUCUUGGCGCCCCGACAGGCAAAGAUGCCGGCUACUCGCUGAUUGAGGCCACGCCCACGAGCUUCUCCUGGUCCGUGGCCUUGGACGGCGGUGAUGAAGCAUCUGCACACGCCGAUCGGUAUCGUAUCAAUAUUGAUCGACAGUCGGGGCAGAUAACAUCCCCAGGCCCCAUCGCGAUUUCAGAAACGGAGCAAGCUCAGGUGAUCGCCUUGGCCACCGGUCAAACACUUACCUCGUCAACCCGAUUCCUUGACGGUGCACGCAGCAUUUCGUAUCAGGUCACGGUUGAAGAAAAUCCAGAUACUGCAUAUCUGAUCCACCUGCGCCAUGGAAACGUGGCCUCCAUGGAAUCGUUGAUCACAAGGCUUUCGAGAACCCCGAAGGCAGUCACCGAGCACGUACUACCCAUACCUGCCUUCUUUCCUAUACCGGGAGAAAGAGAGCGUCAAGAAAUAACGGGUCUAGGACGACAAAUAUCGUUGUUUGUGCCAGGUGUUUUGGCCUCUAGAAUAUACCCCAGUCUGCCUCACGAAGACAAGCUUGUUUUUAUACAAAAAGUGGCACUGGCAUUCGCGGCUAGCUGGAGUAUCUCGCUCUCUGAGCCAAUCUUGAUCGGUGGGCUCCACGCUACAACUGUUGGCGAUACCAUCAUUCUCGAUGUCCAAGCUGAACGCGACCACGGCCUUGGGGGUCCGUUCCCCUCAGUACGGGAAUAUCUCGAGUCGCAUGUCAAAGCUUCGUUCCGUGCCCUUGAGAAGCAGCAAGGCAUCGAAGAAUUCAAGCAGAAGUAUCUCAAGAGAAUUGGCAACUUUGUGCGAACCCGUUUGCACAAGAUUUCACCUAUUGUUGAGAAUGUCCCUAUCGUCGUCUUGCAUUCCAACAUGGGACCCCACAACAUCAUCGUGUCCAGCGAUGAGCCCACUACUUUCAGGGCCAUCAUUGGCUGGACCUUCGUUGCCAGCGAACCAUUUCUCGCGGUUCAUCGGUCCGUCGAGGCGUAUUUCCGCGAACCAGCCCUGAAUGGUUUUGGUCCCGAGUACGACAGAGCCGACGAGCUUCGCGACGCUUUCUGGGGAACGAUACCUUACUGGAGGCGCUGGGGUGAAACGGAUGCCGCUGAAGUGUUCCGGGAAUGGUUUCGAUUUGGCUUAUUCAUGAAGCCGGAGGGGCGACCGGCUGGUCUUCCUGCAGCUGCAUCCCGAGCAUUCUGGAGCGAGAAUGUCCGGGUUGUCGAGGAUUUUCUCAACAGGUACGAGUAA